GCCUGCGCAGCAAAUACAGCAAUCGCUGGGCAAACAUGACAGCGCCUGUAAGUCAUCUGGAGGACUGUGCAGGCAAUCACUACCGACUACAGCUGAAUCUCUACAAGCACAUCAUCGAGAAGUACUACAACCUCAAAGUGCGUGCCAUGCAUGUUGUUUGCUGCCACCCAGAUCAAGAAGGAGAAGGCCCCUUUCUGGAUAACGUCCCGGUCAUGGACAAAGAAAUUCAGGAAAUCCUGAAGGUGCACACAUCUCGUGUUGAUUUUGUAGGAGGCAAGCAAGCUUUGCGCAGCGCUGCGGAUAUCAUUGACGCCUGGCAUCGUCUGCAGCACGGCAUCCAAGUGGAGGAGGCUGUAGAAGUUGCUUUGGUUGAACCAGUUCCUGUAAGAACUGCGGUCAUGGUCAAUGACACCUACGAUUCAGACGAAGAGUCGGGUUUUUGGGGGCCGGCGUUCACAGCCGACGACGAUGCACUUUCUAUCAGUAGUGAGUCUGCAGGAGAAUGGGUUUGCGACGCCACUGGGUGCUUCAGAUGGGUCAGAGGUUCGCCGCAGCUGUUGGACCAGGAUGGCGAAGAUCAAGAAAGCGCCUUUUUCGUGAGCUCGAUCCCGGCAACUGGAGCCACGGUGAAUUGCGCUUACGAUGUGGACGAGCUCGGAGGGUCCUUGCCCUCUGAGGCCUUGGAGCUUCUUCCAGGCCGCAGCUUGUCGCUGCGCGGCCUCGAAUUUCUGGAGGCGUCGGUGUUGCGGGACCUCCAUUUCGCAUUGGAAGAGGCCAGAGUUGUGACUGUGAAUGAUCUGCAAUUGGCUAUGUUCCAUUCGUUCCCGCCGCGAACUGCGCUGGAAUGGGAUACAGAGGUCACUUGCUCUCAGCAGCCCAACCGGUUUGUGACCGGAUUCAAGUCGCGUGGUCCGCUGAUGGGAGGGGCGAUUUUCGAUCUCCGACUUCCCGCUUGUGCCAUCGGCCUCUACAUCGGCGUGCGUCAAUGGCAGCACAGUGAACAGCGGGCAUACUGUAGCGUUGUCAACCCUUGGCGUUCGAAUCCAGCGGUGUUCAUCGGCCUCAAUGACGAAUCUCCGCAAGUGCAUCCACACAGAAACACGUGCUUGCUGCAUCCAGAACGAGUUCAUCGUUUUGGGGUCAGCUGGAGCCGGCGGCAUUUCGAGUUUUCGAUCGAUGGCAUUGGCGUUUCUCGAGCCACACUACAUGAAGAAUUUCCAGAUGGACCGUCUUCAUUGGCACAGCUGUCCGUCUUGAUGCACGUGCAGCCAGGCGGCUAUUGGGACGCUAUGCACCUUCGUCCGCUUGCGUCGCCGAUCGACUGGAACGCACAAAUCAAUUGCGCCAUUUGUGCAAGAGACUGGACCCUGACUCCUGGCAACUGGUGCGUUUGUCCGUUGUGUUCCACGUGGAUUUGCAAUGUUCACAGGCUGCGAUCUCCCGCCCGUCGCUGUCCUGUGUGUCCAAACCAACUCAUGGACUAUUUGGGCGGUUCAUCUCAGGAGUCCUUUGAGGCUCGCAUAGACCACGUGGCGGCGAAGGUUAUACAGUUCGCCAUGUUUGACUUGAUCUCGCGGCAACUAGCGAUGGAACGGAGACUUCAAUCCCUUCCUCUGUUCAUGGGAGCACAGACGUUCGAUCGCACUUCUUGGGUCCGGCCACUGGACGGCGGUUGCUUCUACAGCUUCGUUGCAAGGACGUUGCGGCUUGCUGGGUUGCAUGGGCGACUUGAAAGCAACUGCUUCACACUUUUUCCGGAGCAGCACUUCGCUUCGAUUCGUCGUCGCUGUCUGAUUUGGACUCCAGUCUCUGCCAGGGCAGGGAUGCGUGAUUCCUACAUCCACGACGAGGUCGGCGGUGCGAUGCCACCUCAGACUUUGGAGUUGCUUCCCGGCUCUGUCUUCUCCGACGACUCCCUCAGCACUCGUCGGUGUCCUGUAUGUCCCAAACUCAAGGAGUAUUUAGGCGGUGCUUCUCAGGACACCUUCGAUGCCCGCAUAGAACAGGACGUCGCCUCGGAUCAGAUGGAGGUUGCGACGCCUCAAGAGAUCGGGCCCUUGGUUGAUACGGAUGCCGCGGGACAGCCUGCCGAAGCGGACUUAGCUUUGGCCAUACUUUGCCCCGGGCUUUCUCCGGANNGCUUGAUGCCCGGGGCCUCUACCUCUGGGCAAGAUUUCGAGGCUUUAUUCGAUCUGACAUCCAAGGCAUGUUCAUCCUCCUUGAGUUCAUGUCCUGUUUUCGACGAGCAGCAACCAGUGGCAUCCGUGAAAGAGCAGACCAAGAGACAAAUCGAAUAUGUUCGUAUCAGGCAGCCGACAUGGUCCGAGGACAUGGUACGUCUUACCGCCGCAGCUCUGAAUGUGUAUAGAACCCGGCUUACUGACAUUUUCGUUCGAGAUUUUGUUGGCCUCGUUUGGAUUAUCGAAGGUGAAAGAUACAUUCGCGCUCAUCGUGGCGUGUGUUACUUAUACCACAGCGAAGGCGCUUUCGAUGCCUACAACGGCGUACCUCCAGAGUCGACGUUCUACAGACUCAAGAAAACACUUUUGCGAUUGGAGGGUUUGUUUCGCCUUAUGUCACCUGCCACCGAGCGCUCUGACUCGGCCAUCCUGCGAGCGAUUGUCAAGAUGCUCGCAGAGUACAACAGCAUCGCAGAGUUUCUCACGAUUUGCGAGGACGCUGCUGUAAUGGCGGACACAUCAGGAAAUCGUCGGAAAGGACGAGUCGACCAGGAAGCAGACUAUGCUGUGGCAGCUGUGGGUUGGCCUGAAAAGAUAGCGUACAUGCUGGCCAGGGUGCUUGCCCCGUUGCAGAAAGACCUGUUGGAAGAACGACGGCUGCUGCAUUUCGUCGUCCAGUGGUGCGAUGCACCUUCGUCACGACAGCCGGGCUGCGCCUAUUCGGAUGUCUCUGUCAUGUAUGAUGUAACAGCAGCAGAGCACGUCAAGCUAGUAGCGCCCUCGCCGGACAACAAUCUGUACGUCAGGAUCCCUCAUCCUCUGCGGUCAUCUUUGCCAGAUCCUGUGUUGGCGCAUGCUAGAUCGAGACUUCAGAAGUUUCUGAAGGAAACCUUUUGGUGCAACCAGGACUACUAUAAGGCUACUCUGGCUGCAGUCGCGUUGGCGAAGCGCGGCGAGAACAUUGACCGUUGCUUUAUAGGAGAAUCCGCAGGCGGAACUGGCCAGUCCUUAUUCAGCAGUCAUCUUGCUGCGGUCUAUGGGCAUAAUCAUGCCUUUAUAGAUCCGAACCUUUUUCACAAUGAAGAAGAAAUGAGAAAACAACUCGAGCAAUUUGCUCAUUGUUGGAUGAUAACUGCUCAGGAGGCGCCGGAGACUCAUCGUCACUUUCAACAAGACCUGUACAAAAAGUUUAUGUCGGCCGAUGACUUAGCCGGCCGCAAGCCGUACGGGUUUGUCACGAAGAUGAUGCGUGUCACAGGCUUCAAAAGGUUCGAGACGAACAAGAUUAUGACCUUCCGCAACGUCAUGGAAGCAAACUUUAACUCGAUUUACAGACGCUGUUUAGUGUGGAAUCCAAAGCCAAUCUUCAUUGAGAACACAUCCUUCGGAGAAGGGUACCUGGACCCGGACGCAGAUGGUAUUUUCGCAAAGGACCCCUCUCUACGGAGCUUUUUGGAGAGCGGCCCGGCCAUUGCGGCAUCACUGGAGCAGCAACACGGCUUCGAGUCGCACUACACGCGACAAGCCUGCUUUCAAAUGAUCGAAGAUUACGCCUUGAGCGGCCUCACCGAACGAAAGGUGAGAGCCGCGUGUGGGCUGCCGCCGCCGCCAGAGGAGACCGCCGGCGAUGCGCCGGGGGCCAGUCUGCUGGCUUUGCUCAAGCGGAACGAGGACGAGGACAAGCCACCAGCUCCGGGCACCGCCGCGGAGAAAGCAAAUGCUGCUGCUGUUACGUACUUCCUCGAGGCCAAGAAAGCAAUCAUCAGCAGGCCUUGGUGGCAGCGUUUUUCAAAAGCCAAACUCGGCCUCGGCAGAGACAUGAUCGAGGAGCUGAUCAAGCUUCGUCUUUUCCUGUCAGUGGAUACAAAGGCCGAGCCCGAGAACUUCAUUCCCACAGUGGCAUGCGCCAAGUCACUGGAAGAUGUGUUGCGUGUCGAUUAUGAGUCUCAGACCACGGUUCUGCUUGAACGAUUGAACGCUAGAAGACUGUGGAAUGUUGUGGAGCGCAACCCGGCCCGGGUGGCGAAUGCUGAGCUGCUGCUGCAUUUUUUUGCCAAGGUGCUGAGCAAGUUGAAUUCUGGCAAAGGCCGUAAGUCUGAGAAGAAGCUUGACGCCAUCGCAUAUUGGAAUUCUUUGCAAAGCAAGGCAAGUCUUCAGGAAGCGACGCUGCGGGUGCGAAUCCAUUCGAAGGGGGCGGUCAGAUACGCAGAUGGACACUCUGUGCAAACUCUUGGCACAGCGUGGCAGAGCGUAGUCCUUGCGGACACCAUCGACCUGGACAUCGAGAACUGCUGUUUCACGUUGCUCGUACAAGUCUUGGAGAAACUAAAUCCGAAACAUGAAUGUUGGCCGAAGGUUAAAGAGACAUUGCGUCUCUGUGCCACGCAAAGACAGCAUGUAAUUGAAGACAAGCUGAAGCUAAGCUUGUCCGAGGGAAAGUUUGUUUUGCAGAAGGUCUUCAACGGAGGCUCUCCACCCGACUCACUCGCGACAAAUGCUUUCAUACAGGACCUGCAGCGAGCAUCUCUUUUUUGUCGCUGGGUGGCUGCGACAUUGUUGCAAGACACAGCUUGGCCUUGUUUGGUGCAACUGAAGGACAAGCCUGAUGUGUCAGUCUUGACGUACUUCUGGAAUAUCGUCGAGGAUCAAGUGGUAGACUCCUGGAUCCAGAAGCUGAAGCCUUUAGGAAGCAAACACAUGUCGUUGCAUUUCGAUGGCAUCAGAGUGGAUCGAGACGUCGUGCAACCAGAUGCGCAGGCCUUUUGCCGCAGUUGCUCCUAUGCGAUACAACAGGACACCGGCUUCCAAGUGCACAUUCGUUCCAAGGAGCGACACAGCUUCCAUGCGUUGUUGCAGCAGAUUAGUAACAGUAAACCAGUGGAAUGUCCAGAAAGCCUUCGUGAGACUGGAAACUGCAUACUGGCAGCUCUACAUCAUCUUGGUUUCCAAGAUCAGGCAUCUUCCAUGGCAUCGAUGACAGAUGGGCCCGAACACGCUUUUUUCAGAAGACGCCAGCAGAGACGCUACACGCACGUCGCCGAGAAGCUGAAGCUCCAAAUCUUUCCCCGCUUGCCACCCGCUGAUUUAAAGUCAGGCCAAAAGCUGCUGCUCCAUCUCGCCACAGAUGGAAACCCGCACUGCGUCGCCCUGGAAACUCUCCCGGAAGAGGAAGUCUGUGUGACGGAUGUGACCGUCAGCUACACUUUCUCUUUGCGGCAUCUUUCGAGAAUGUUGUCAGAUGCAACUGAUCGCAAGUACAUCAUCCUUUUCUAUGUGAACCAGAAGCCUGAGAAGCUAGACGACCGCGAGGCAGAAGAUGAAGACUACAGUCUUCUGCUGGAAACUCUUGCAGGCGGAAGCGAAAAUGACUACGCGGGAGGAGCUGGCGAUGUGGAGGACGACGUGUUUGUGCGAGACCUGAUCGAUGAUGGCUUGGACGGCGAGCAUCAACAAGACGAUGACAAUGAUGAGAGUAUUACUCGUGUCGGUGACGAACUUCUGGCUCUCCUGAAAAAAGAAGUGACAACGUUCCUCCAAGAUCCUGCAGAGCACGUCUAUGCCAUGCACGGCAGGCUGAUUGCUCGUUUCCCCGCCGAGUCGGGCAGCUUGCUGCCGCGCCACCCCAGCCACUGGUGGCCGUUGAUCGAAGACGUCUUCAAGUCCCAAAAGGUGUGCGAUCUAGCGAAGCAACUAUUGGAUGAAACGACUCGUCACGAGGAGUUCCAGGUUAUCAGCUUGGACGCCACGUUGCGCUGCUGUCUUCCUGUUCUUGGUCAGGCGCAUCCUCGGGCAAGGAAAGAGGAGAAGGAGCAAGCCGUGUUCGCCGGAGAGACUGCCUUGACACGAGUACUGACGUGCAGAGGCCGCACUAACGCAGUUCUGGCUCUGCAGGCGGUGUCAUCUGACGACUCGGCAGCCGUUGUACGUGGCCUUGCGGAUGCUUUGCCGUCAAGGGCGCUGAGUCAGAUUCAGUUUGUGUCAGUUGACAAUCCAUCCUUCAAGUAUUUGCAAGAGGUCAAGCUGAUUUGUCCUAAUUUACAAAUCAUGGCAUUGGACCCUGUUCAUCUGGCAAUGACUGUCGAGUAUGCAUCUGGUCGUAGAAGAACACCAAUUUCAAAAGCUUUGCGGCGAAUUUUACGAAAGCUGACCGCCUACAGCAGUGGACUCAAGCCGACAACAUGGGGAGCAGCACAUACUGGACAGACGUGUGCUAAUCUUUCAAGAGAGGAGGAAAGGCUGCGUGCGCAGAUCGAGGAUCGAAGCAUGCGUCUGCGUGACGCCCAGGCUUUGCUUGACAAUCUCGAGCCAGACGCGCCCUUUAUUUUGCGCGUGGACUGGAUCCGAGCACUGGCAGCUUUAACUUCGGUGUAUCGCGCAGAAGUACAGCGUGUAGCUCCCGGUCCCAACCGCAAAGUUUUUGAGUUGCUUCACUCGGCCGCAGCUGCAGGCAGAUCCGAGUGGUAUUUCAAUAACCUAAGAAUGCGGCAUCUGAUCGAGCCUUCUCGACUGUCUUUGCUCCCAAUAGGGACAACUUCAAACGAAGCUUUGCACCACGAAAUCAAUAAUUGGUUUCGUGAGACGCAGAAGAUUCACAAGGCAACGCUGUGCUUGAAGUUAUCUAUUAUGCACUUGGCAAAGCUCUUGUCACACAACACGGCUUUGUAUCGUCCCGCCACGCGGCAAAUGUCAGAGUGGGAGAUUCUGUCUAGGAGUUCUUCUCGUGUACUCUGGACUUUGCCCGAAUGGAAAGCGUGGUGUGAAGAGCUUGGUGUCGAAGCAGGCCUUGUCGGCAAAGCUGAGUUGAGUCUGCAGACGGCACGAGCGGAGCAGAAAUCCUUAGUCAAACAGCGACCUCUCAAGCGGCCAGCGGCGCCGUCGAAGUCGCAGUCCCAGCGUCGUACACCUCACACUCUUGAACGGCAAGAUUCUUUGCGUAGAGCUGGGAAGCGUAAAACGCAGCAUGCAUACGCCUAG